UCACGCAUUGACGAGUUUUCCAUUGAUAUUUUUUCCUUUUUGUUUCUUUCAGCAUCCACCAUCGCUUGAGCUACUAUAUAUGUCUCUUUCCCAAUGUUGUUUGAUGCAUAAUAAACAGCUUCAAAGGGCAGCCAUGAGUAGAGGUGGGAGCUAUGGUGGUGGGCAGAGUUCAUUGGGCUACCUCUUUGGAUCAGAUGAUUCGCCGAGCCCACCUCCGCGCAAGGUUAAAAAGCCUCCGCCCGUUGACGGUAAGGCCAAGGACGGUAAGGCCAAAGAGAUGACUCCCAUUGUCAUUUCACCAAAAUCAACAGUCUCCAAUAACUACCAUAGAGCUGAAGGCCAGAACACAGGCAACUUCAUUACUGAACGUCCAACUACAAAGGUGCAAUCAGUUCCAGGUGGAGACUCAUCGCUGGGCUAUUUGUUUGGAGACAAAUGACAUGGAAUGGUAUCAAUCUAAUGGGACUAAAGUACGGUUUGGUUUGGGAUUUUAUAAUGUUAUCUUGGGUUUGUGCAAGGCUUCUAAAAUAAGGGUUUGCCGGUUCCCAUGUUUGUGUGCUGUGUGGGUUUUCAAGUAUUUUAUUAGUGGUAUGAUGGAGUUUGGUUUCGUUUAGACAUAUUGUAAGGGAUUACACCUUCAAUCCUGUCUAGUUUUAGUUAUUAUAUGGUGUGAUGCCCCUUUUCCUGGUGCUAUCUAGAAAUGGAAAUAAUUGAGGGUGAAUGCUUUCUUC